AGUCCCUCCGGAGGGGAAGAGCCGCGCAGGCGCGCUGAGCGGGCGGGGGAAGGUCUCCGGCUAGCCUGGGCGAUGGCGGCCGUCAUGGCGGCGCUCGGGGUUGCCGCUGCGGGCCCAUGAGGCGGCCCUCCGGCCCUCACCCGCGCGCUCUCGCCACUAGGCAGCGAAGGGCGGCUCCGGCUGUGCCGCCGCCGCCGCCGCUCGCGUUUCCCAGGCCAUGGCGGGCGUCUUCGACAUCGACCUGGACCAGCCCGAAGAGGCGGCCUCGGACGAGGAGCUGGAGGAGGGGGUGAGGCAGGCCCGGCCCAUGUGCGGCCCGGCCGGGAGGAGGCGCCUCGGGGGAGCCCAGCUCAGGCCUCGGGGGCGGGGAGGGCGAGGCGACGGAGGCCCCGGUCGGAGGGAGGGAGGGAGGCGGGCCGGGCGAGGCCGCCUUCGGGGAAGGACGUGGCCGAGGGUGGGAGGCGGACGGGCGGCUCUUGGGGGCUGCGAGGAUGGUUCCGUUAUAACUGACUUGCUAUUCCUGCAUUGUACUAACGGCGUUUGCUGCUGUUAUUACGGCCUUCCCGCAUUGUGCCUUUGGCAUGAGCAGUAGGAAGAAUAGCGAGAGUAGUAAUAAAUGCAUACAAAUCCGUGGUCGUGUUUUUGCAUUGGGUUUGACACGUGUUCUUACUAUUUUUUAGGUUCCUGCACUGUGCAUUUUAUUAUGAUUAUUAUUACUACUAUUAAGAUCUAGUAAUAAUACAAUAUUAAAUGAUUGUUUCUGCAUUGCGUCCGACAGGUGGUUAUUAUUAUUAUUUUUAAAUUCAGGAUUAUGAUGAUCCAGCGGUAAUAAAUUAAUGAUUAUGUCACAGGUUAUUCUCAUUAUUAUUAGGCAGUUACUGAACUAGGUGAACCAACAGCUUGACUCGGUAUAGGACAGCUUCCUAUGUUCCCGGUGGCCAUUAAUACAUUUUGUGGUAGCAAAAGGUCUUUUUUUACAGAAAGUGCAAAAGCAGCUUGCAUUAAGAACUCAGUAGUGAUAAAGGUCCUGUGGCACCUUUCAAAACUUAACUGGUUUAUUGCAGCAUCCACUUUGGUGGGGCUGCAGCUCACUUUGUCAGGUAAUAGUUGCAUUUCAAUGAAUCUGAGUGAGAUGUAGUGGGCACAAGUCCAUGAAAGCUGAUGCUGCAAUAAAUCUGAUGCAGUUCGAUCUUUUCCACAUCUCCUCAGAAGAAAGUCCUUUUGAGGUCAGUGGGGUUUACUCUUAGAUAGGCUAAAAUCCUAUAAGCACUUUAUGGCACCAUCCUAAUCAUGUCUAUUCAGAAGUAAGUUCUGCUGAAUUUAAUGGGGCUUAUUCCCAGGUAGGUGUGGUUAGAAUUGCAGCCUUGGUCUUUAAAGUAUCACAAGACUUUCUACUGUUCUUGCUGCAACAACACAUAUUCUCCUGUGGAAUUUAUUACUAAUGAUAACAGUGCUUUAAUAAGUGAACUAGUGCACUUAUUGUUAAUGACCCAGUUAAUCUUAAUAGAUGCUGCUUAGUCAUGGGAGUGAGGAAAUACGGGUUGGUAUUCAGCUAAGUUAUUCCGAGUAGACUUAUUUAAAUUAAUGAAUGUGACUAAGCUAGGGUCAUUAAUUUUGGUCUGGUAGUUGACUACCCAUUAUUUUGCCUUUUGCUUAUAAUCAUUUUUGUGGAGUGAAUUUUCAGAAACUGCUCUAUUUUGACUCUAUGUAUUAAGGGGAGGCAAAAGAUAGUAUGUGGUGAUAAGAACAUGCAGAUACUGCUAUAUGCGGGGAAAGGGUUGUUUAGGAAAUGAAUGUGGCUCUGCCUGAUUAGAGCAGCCUUGUAACUUUUGAGGGUCACACUUAAUAUCUUGUAAUAAUUUUACCCAUAAGAGGGAUUGUUGAAGACAAGCAGAGCACUGCCUGCCCCUCUUUUAUGAGUUAAAAGCAGGUAAGUAAAAACAUUUUGCAGGCUAGAAAUCAGUGUUCCUUGUGCCUCUUCUUCUUAGCCUGUUUGGUUGUACAGGAAGAAACUUUGUCUCCUGUUCAUCCAGUGAGGCAGUGCAGCGGAUUGGCAGUGGAGGGAUGAAGUUAUAUAUGCUGCCAGCUCACAUGGUUUCUAUGCUGGAGUAAUAGAAUGGGGCUUCCUGUGUGUCAACUCAGCAGGCUUGUGACAGAGACCUAUAUCCCUUUGCAGUGUUUCUCUGUUAGGCACACAGGAGCUAAAGUUCUGUCAUGCACAUCCAGCAUAGAAAGGAAGUGGUGAGUGGCAGAAAGCAUGUCUUGAGCUGUCCAUUGCCCAUCAGCAUACAGUGGUACCUCGGGUUACAUAUGCUUCAGGUUACAUAUGCUUCAGGUUACAUACUCCGCUAACCCAGAAAUAGUACCUCGGGUUAAGAACUUUGCUUCAGGAUGAGAACAGAAAUCGCGUGGUGGUGGCGGCGCAGCAGCAGCGGGAGGCCCCAUUAGCUAAAGUGGUGCUUCAGGUUAAGAACAGUUUCAGGUUAAGAACGGACCUCUGGAACGAAUUAAGUACUUAACCCAAGGUACCACUGUACUGGGUGGUGUGCUGAAUGUGCUAAAGGUUGACCUGCUGCUUGUCUACCAUAGAUACAUAGCUGGCUGACAGCAAGAGGGAAGGAGAGCUUUGUCAUUCGUCUUCUUGGUUACUAUGCUGAAUGCAUUAGAAGGCACAUCACCUCUUGCACGUACAGUAUGGAAAUGCUUGAGGAGUGACAAAGCACUCUUAAGCUUCCACAGCCUGCUUGGUUUCAGCACUGGGCAGGAAGGAAGCAAAAGUGCUCUGGAAAGGAGGCGGAGCCCAGGUUAGCAUUCCUUGUUGCCUGUGGUAAGCCAAGUGAGUGGGUUACAAGCAAGGCUGGGCUUGGGUGUCCCCUUGCUCCAACAGGGCUACUGCUUUUGUGUUUGAUAACUGGGUGCUGAAGCACAAGCGAGCACAAAAUAAUAUUCAGGUGUAUUCAUUCCCUGCAAUACACUCUGGAUAAGGGCAAAGAAUACUUGCUAUGUCCCAUUUGGGUUUUUAAAAACUUUUUCUUUUAAAUUUUAAGCCUUAAAGAACAAAAAAGUUGUCCCGCUAAAAGUUUACAAGUCAUUAAAAGAAUACAAAGGAUUACAAAAGCACAAAUCACAAAAAAUGCCAGAAAUUUCAAUCUAGUCUCUCCAGAGUCCUCCAUGUGUUUGGGGUUAAAUGGGUCCAAUUUCUCUUAGCAGCACAUAGUUGACACAUCAGUUUUUCUGCUAGUGCAACUGCCUAAACAUGAGUGUGCCAAGAGACAGACUCCCUCCAGAAUGCCAGUUUAUUAGAUAAUUCUGUUAUUUGCCAAGUCUUGUUUAGAGUGCUUGGGACUGAAGUCUAAUGCAUACAUACAUUGGGGAUAUGUUCCAUUGGACUUAGUUCUGCAUAAACGUGCCUAGGAUCAGGCGGUGAGGGUUCUAGGCCUGUGGAACGGUGUUGCUGCUAGUUUGCUGGCUGCAAGUAGUUGUCUUAGGAGACUUGUUGAGCCAGUGCAUGAGUACUGGCUGUAGUUGAGGACAGCUUCCCUGGUAAAGAUCCAGCUUCCUUGAAACCUGACAAAUAUUGCAAGUUCCUAGAGUUAGGAGAAGGCUGUAGCUCUUUGGCAGAGCAUUGGCAUCUCCAGGUAGGGCUGGAAGAGGGACUCAUCUGAAAUCCCAAACAGCUGCUAUCUAUUCAUGUAGAGAAGAGCUAGACAGAGAUCUACUCUAGACAGAACUAGACAGAACAGUGGUGUGAUCCAGUACAGUGGUACCUCGAGUUAAGAACUUAAUUCGUUCUGGAGGUCCGUUCUUAACCUGAAACUGUUCUUAUCCUGAGGUACCACUUUAGCUAAUGGAGCCUCCUGCCGCCACCGCACGAUUUCUGUUCUCAUCCUGAAGCAAAGUUCUUAACCCAAGGUAAUAUUUCUGGGUUAGCGGAGUCUGUAACCUGAAGCGUCUGUAUCCUGAGGUACCACUGUAUAAGGUAGCUUCCAGUUUUUCUAGGGUUAUUCUGCAGAAGAAAACUGCAUCAAUACAGUGAGGGGUGACCUCAUUUAACCUUCUUGUGAAGGUCUGCAAAUAUUGAUGCUGUUUUGUGGUGCUGCAAGCUAGCGUCCAAAUUGAAGGUAAAUGUUCUUCAAAAGAAAAUGCUUAUAUAACACAUAUUAUAUAAAGGCAUGUAUACACACACACACACACACUGACUAGGCUUUUAAUUAGUGUUUUACCUGAAAAUAAAGAAUAUCUGCUGUUACUUGUGCCACUAUACACUCAAAAUGGUAUUUUAAAGCUUUUAAGUAGCGUUUUGAUUUUGUAGAUCAAAACCCAUGUGCUCUGAGGUUGCUUUUGAUCCUGCCAUUGUUGCAUGACAGGUGGUUUUAUGCUCAUCAGCCUGUCCCAUUUUUGUGUGUGUGUGCGCACGCUAUUGUAGAAUCAUCUGUUCUGUCUGUGCAUGGUGGUAUAUCUUUUCAAACUUGCCUGGAUGAAAUAGUCUUUUCAUCUCCUAGGUCUUCAUAUCCACAACCAGUUUGUUAUUAUGCCACCAAUGCUGUACACAAGUAAUUUAUUCCUAUCUGGGGUGGAUACAGGACCAAUGUUCUACUUACUAACAGUAGUCUUAGGUGCAAAUUGUAUUGCAAAACAUUGGACCCAGCAAGGUUUUGCUAGAAACCUGCUUCUUGACCCCUCCCUUUAUCCAGGAGUCAAUUACCAGUCCACACACACCCUCCCUUAAGUGCUUGGAUUUUUGUACUCCUGACAUUAGUUGUAACUGCUGGUGAUAAGGCAGUAGAAUGAUGCGAAGAAAGACAGUCGUACCCUGGUUCUCGAACAGAAUCUGUUCCGGAAGUCCGUUCAACUUUCGAAAACCAAGGUGUGGCUUCUGAUUGGCUGCAGGAGCUUCCUGCACUCAAUCGGAAGCCGCAUUGGACGUUCGGCUUCCAAAAAAAGUUCGCAAACUGAAACACUCACUUUCAGGUUUGCAGCUUUCGGGAGCCAAAACGUUCAAGUCACAAGGCGUUCAAAACCAAGGUACGACUGUAUUUUAAUUUUUGAGAGGACUGGAAACAGUCCUGUUACCCUUGGUGAAGUGGUGGUGAUGUCUAGCUUCAGACUCUGUAAAUGAAUAAAAUCAAUCCCAUGUGAGCUACGCCAAGCAUGGAUUGUGGUGGUGGUGGGCAAAUAAUAUUAGUAGCUUUUUAAGGCUAACUUUUCCUAUGGUCUGUCCUUCAUAUGUGACACAGGUUUAGUUUUCACCAACAGCAGAUUAUAAACUUGUUUGAAGUAUAGAACGUCAGGCUGAAAAGAUGCUUCUCCAUGCAGUUUAAAAGAAAAAUAGGCUGCAGUCAUAGAAACAGAGAAUUGUAUAGUUGCAAAGCAUCCUGAGGGUCAUUUAGUCCAACCCCUGCUAUGUGGGGAUCUCAGCAAAAGCAUCCAUAACAGAUGGCCUUCCAACCUCUGCUUAAAAUCCUCUAAUGAAGGCCAGCCCACCACCGUCCAAGGGAGUCUGUUCCACCAUUGAACUGCUCUUACCAUCAGGAUCCAGUUCAUCCUGAUGUUUAGUUGGAACCUCCUUUCUUGUAACUUGAAGCCAUUGGUUUGGGUCCUACCCUCUGGGGCCAGAGAAAAUAAGUAUGCUCCAUCCUCCAUGCAAUAUUUCUAUAAGCUCUCUAAGCUGAGCUUCAGGGAGCCGAACAAGUGGAAGUUUUGAGGGGAGAGGGCUGCAGUGGGGAUGAGAGGGCAGUUGCCUGGAUAGAGUUCUGUUUGCAUAACUCUGGCUCCAACCCAUUAAGUCUCCAGCAGCCCAGGUGUUGGGGACCUAGGCGUUGUCUUCAUUUCGUAUAGUAAAGCAGAUCCUGCUUUUCCCCAAUGCAGUAAGUUCUCAGUGGUAAAAACAGUUCUGAUCUGUAGUGUCCAGAAAAGACCCAUGUUUUAAGAGCUAAAUUAGUGACUGUCAGCGUUGUACGAAAUUGGGUAGCAGUGUAGUUGGGUAAAGAGUGCUGAGUCCCUGUGCUGUGCUUUGGAGGAUUUGGCAGCGCUCCUGUCGAACUCUGUGGAUGUUCCACAAAAACCCAGCAUAGGAAUUACCAUACCCUGCUGCUGACUGUGCUUAUGUAAGAGCUGAAUGCAGUCUUGCAGUGCUGUCAGUCCUAAAUCCUGGGUUAAUGUUUAAGCAAAAAUUCAUAGUUCUUUCUAAACAUACACUGUUUACUUUUCUGAUUCUCUCUCUCUCCUCCCCGCUUAUCUUGUUUUAGGGUCACUUAAGUGAAAGCAUGGACCAUGGGGGAGUCGUCCCAUAUGAGCUGUAAGUUUUUAACUGGAAAUGGAUCCUUGUCAAUGGAAGAGUUGGGGAGGAAACAGUCCUGUCCUAAGUCAGUGCUAGAGUCUAGGUAGCAAUGCCAUCAUGUUUAAUUAGCUGUUCCUGCCUAUGAAAUUGCUCCUUGUGCAGGCAGGCAGCUCGAGAGUGAACCAUGCAAUAUUCUGAGGGGCCUUGAAACAACUUUUUGUCUCAGUCUGCUUGUUUCUGUGCCUAUAUUCAGUUUCAACAGUUAUAUCUCCCAGCUGGUAACUACCUCUGUGUUCGGAUUGCUUGUUGGAAGGAGAUCUCCCCCUCCAAGAGACAGAAUGAGAAAAAGCACACACACACACACACACACACACACACACACAGAUUUUCCAAGGAAUCUGGUUAAAAGUUGAACCCGGUAGUAUUAAACUAAACCUUGAAAAAGGAAGUUGGAAAGAGUGUCAUUCUGUCAAUUUCCUCCUUCAGCUCUAUUUACUUUUUAAGAGAGCAAAUGUUGCCCACUCUCACUACUUAAUGAUCAGGGAGACUCAAAGGCUUUGUGGGCACAGGGGAAGACCUUAGGGCUGCCUUGCAGCCACAGACACCACAUUGUCAAUCCCUGGAGUAGGCUGUAAACCUAAACAGGCCAGUAUCAAUAAUUUAUUGUCUUAAUCCAGCAAGAGCUGUUUCAGAUGCAAAAAGAGGUUUCCUGUAUUGUGUCCUACUUGCCGCAGUUGCAAUGAGGAAACAACCUUUGUGGGCAGGGGGCUGUGGGGGUCUCCCUUCCCUUGUAUAUGAAGGUAUUCUAUCCUCUGCAGUUGGCAUUGGCCUCUAGUAGUUUGCUUCUCUCUCCCCUUUAAAACUAGUGCUUUCAGAGCACUAUGCUUAGGUCCAUGUAUGCAUCCUGUUCAAGCAUAUAAGGAAGUCUGGAUUGAUGCACAUGUGUUAGAAUGGUUUCAUUUGCCUGACUUCAGAAACGUUUCAUGUUGUUGUUUUUAAAAAAAUUACUGUGCUUUGAAAAAAUGUAUUUCUUAAAUUAAACAUUUCAAAUUAUUUAGAACUCAUAUUUGCAGUAGUCAGAGUUUGUAUUCCAGUUUGUAUUCUAAAUAAUACUUUCUCCCCCAUCCCUUCCUGAUCACCUCACAGGGAGGCUUUUAGUUAUAUACAGAAUAGUUAAUGUACUUAGUAUUGUUUUAAAGGUUACCCUAAUUAACUUUUUUGUUUGUUAGUGGCAUGGAGCAUUGUGAAAAAUUUGAGAUUUCGGAAACUAGUGUGAACAGAGGCCCUGAAAAGAUCCGCCCAGAGUGCUUUGAGCUGCUACGUGUCCUUGGAAAAGGUGGCUAUGGAAAGGUAAGAAGUAUGAGAUGUGUGAGCUUGGUGAGAGAUGCUGUAAAUAUUGGAAAAAAUAACAAAUAAAUAUAUGCAUGUUAUCUAUAAGAUGAUCUAAAACAGAAGUUUUCUGGCUGGUUUGAAGUCAAAAGACUUCUCUCUACCGCUCCCUGGUAGUGGAAGAGCUUCAAACAGCAGACCUUGCAGUGUCUGCUAACUCUCUUUUAAAAAGGCAUCUAAUUAAUCUCCAUUGUCUUGGACAGGUUUUCCAAGUUCGAAAAGUAACGGGAGCCAAUACUGGUAAGAUAUUUGCCAUGAAGGUGCUUAAAAAGGUGAGUUGGCUUUUGACAUUUAGCUAUUAAAUAAGAGGGGCUGUCUUGAGGGGAAGAGAUCAUAGUUCAGCAACAAGAGCUCAUGUCACUGGCAGAGAGUUCUGGUUUUAAUCCCUGGCAUCUCCAGGUUUUGUUCUGUUUUUCUUUUUUAAAAAAACAGACCAGAGAGAGGCUGAUGAGAUGGAAGAAGAGCCUGCUGGAUCAGGCCAGUGGCCCUUCUAGUCCAGCAUCCUGUUCUCACUUAAUGCCUGUGGGAAACCCACAAGGAGGACCUGACCACAAGAGCACUCUCCCCUCCUGUGGUUUCCAGCAACUGUUAUUCACAAGCAUUGCUGCCUCAGUGUGGAGGCAGAGCAUAGCCGUUCUUUCUUAGUCCGAAAUUCUGAGACCAGAGAGCCUCCACUGGUCAGAGUAGACAAUAUCAACAACUAGUCCGAAAUGGUGUAAGGCAGCUUCCUAUAAUCAAAACUGCUGCACUCGCUUCUAGAAUAGAAACCAGUAACUAGUGUGCCAGUUCCUGGGAACUGCAGGGGUGUGGGGAGUUCUGUUGUUCUCAGGUCACGCUUGUGGGAACAUGGACCACUGUGAGAAGAGGAUGUUGGCCAUGUCCUGAUCCAGCAGGCUCUUCUUAUGUUCUUAUUUGUUAAUGCCAAGGUUGGCAAAAUGGUGCGUCUGGGUAUCUACCUAUCUGUUUUUGCUGGCCAACAAUUCCCAUCAUUCCUGACUAUUGGCCAUAUUGUUUGGGAAUGAUGGCAGUUGUAGUCCAAAAUGUCUCGAGGCCACCACAUUGGCUACCACUUGUUUUAUGAAUUGGAAUCAACUGUUUCUUUAAUGACUCCGAAAUUCUUUAAAGGUUUGCGCAUAAACUUUUGGAACUCUGUUUUGUUUUGAGAGCAAGUUAUGCAGGGGGAGGUCUGUUUUGCAAGCCAGUAUUCUUAUUUAUGGCUUAUCGCAGUAUAUUAGCAUAGCAUACUUUGCAGAGCCCUUUGACUUACAUUUUUUAAAAGGUUGCUGAGUGCAUAUUGGUCUGUUGAAACCUAAAUUACUCUGGACAUGAUCCAACUGAGGCAUACCACUUAGUCCCAUUUAUUUGAGGUAGAAGAAAUUCAGAUGCACUUUUAACUGUGUGAGGAAUCAUUGAUCUCUUCACAACAUGUUUCUUGUAACAAUGAAUGCAAAGUCCAGCUAAAUGAGAGAACAAUUGGAAGAGCAAGAAGAGGUGUCCAGUGUGUUGUCAAGUACCAGUGAGAAGACUCUAGCACUUUUUAUUAAGAGCUGACAUUGACUUGCUGGUGGCAACCCUUGGCCCAGAAGUUUACUCUCUUGGCUCAGCUCAAGCGUUAUACCCAAGCCAAGACUCCUGAUAACACACUUGCAUUUAUUUGUAUAAGUCUACGGUUUACUGUUAACCCCAUGUAAACAAGAACCGGAAACCCACUUCAAACCAUGAUUUGAAGGCACAUUUGUUAGUGCUUAUGGUAGCUUGCUUGAUUGGUUUGAAUAUAGUGGGAAACUUUGGCUUGUAGUGAAGCAGGGAUUGAAUCAAAGCCAGGGGGCAGGGGCAGAGUGUGUGAGCCCAAGGCUUGCUCUCCCCUCUUCAAACCAUGGUUUGAGAGUUAUGUGUGAAUAAGUCCUUCAUGUUCCAUCAUGAUGCCAGCAAUCGGUGGCUGUGUAUCAUGGGAUUGCUGACAGUUGGUUUCUGGUGUAGUCUUUAGAACAUGGUCUUUACUGUUGAAGUCUCUGUUCUCUAGGCAAUGAUUGUGCGAAAUGCAAAAGAUACAGCUCACACGAAAGCAGAGCGGAACAUCUUGGAGGAAGUCAAGCAUUCGUUCAUUGUAGACUUGAUUUAUGCCUUUCAGACUGGUGGAAAACUCUACCUCAUCCUUGAGUAUCUUAGUGGUAAGGAUGCAACUGAUGGUCAGAAUGUGAAUUCUGGUAUUGUAGCCAGCCAGCAGUGUGGGGUGGAAGCUUUUUCACAUACCGUAUAUAGCAGAAAGAUGACUUAUUGUUUCUUACCUUUCUCCCUCCACCCCAUGCCCAUUUCAUUGCAGGAGGAGAACUGUUCAUGCAGUUGGAGAGAGAGGGGAUAUUUAUGGAAGACACAGCUUGGUAAGACAAACAAGUUCCAAUUUCCAAGCCUCAACAACCAGGCAGCUUCCUGUGUUCCUACAUAAGGAAGUUUCUGGGAAAGUGUUAACCUUUUCAGAGUUGAAUAAUUGUUGCCCAUUUUGAACAAACUGGCAAGUUUGGGUAUUUUAUAUGAACCUAUGUUCCUGUGGAAAAUACCCAGAUUUAACAAAACAGUGCAUGGAUCCCCUGUUUGGAACUGUGGAAUAGUAAGUACCGUAUUUUUCACUCUAUAAGAUGCACCAGACCAUUAGACGCACCUAGUUUUUGGAGGAGGAAAACAAAAAAAAAGAUAUUUUGAAUCCCAGAAGCCAGAACAGCAAUCCCUCUUGCUGUUCUGGCUUCUGGGAUAGCUGUGCAGCCUGCAUUCGCUCCAUAAGACGCACACACAUUUCCCCUUACUUUUUAGGAGGGGAAAGGUGUGUCUUAUAGAGCAAAAAAUGCGGUAUUUUCUGUGUACACUCUGGGAUGCUGGGAGAAUCUGCCAGAAUGCACUUGUUUCGGCCAGGAGGGAAGUGAAGUAAAGAGAUUCAAUUCUUCAGCUUAGUGGCUUGAGUACUCACCCUCCAGCUCCUGAGGAGCAGAACUAACUUACGCUGGCAGUGAAAUUGCAGACUUAUCUCAAAACUAUGAUUUGGUGUGACGUCUGAAUUGAAAAACCAUUGUUUGUCAUAUCUGACAAGGCAGAACUGGAAAUGGUGUUUAAAUUGAGUGUGCAGGCUGUGGUUUGUACUGAGUGUGGUUUGGUGUGAUGUCUGAAUUGACGAACCAUAUGGCUGUUUCUCCCCCUCUGAAGGCUGUCCCACCUAGGGCCUGGGGUAUGAAGUGGAUGGAGAAAUAAACCAUUUAGGUAUCUUGGCUAGCCUGAUCUUGGAUUGGUUCACAUUCUAAAAUUAUGAUUAGUGCAAACCACAGUUUGGUGCGGUAUCUUAAUAUUCAGCCACAGAAUUUUUGUACUCAGAUAUGAUGCGUUGCUAUUGGCAUUUAUUUGUUAAUGAAAUUCUUGCAUUUCAGCUUCUACUUGGCUGAAAUUUCAAUGGCUUUGGGGCACCUGCAUCAGAAGGGGAUCAUCUAUCGAGAUCUAAAGCCAGAAAACAUCAUGCUCAACCACCAAGGUUAGUGGUACGACAGUGAGCUCGUGUGUUGGCUCGUGCCAUAGCUUUAUAGUUCUGAAAGAAGGGUGGGAAACCCUCAGGCCCAGUGGCCAAACGCUGGUCUCUCUGCCUGGCCUUUGGGAUUCUCCCCCAUCAUACACCUUUCCCAGCCACAUCCCUCCCUGGCCCUCCUCUGCAGCCUCACUGAGUGUUUUUGGCAGGCUGGGGUGUGUCCUUGAACUUUUAUAAUGCCUCUUGGUUGCCUGAAUCAAGGAUAGAGAGGGGUCACAAUUGGUGCCCUGCCCACUUUUGCCUACCAAAGGCAUGUGACCCUCAAAGGUUGCCGCCUUUCCCCAUCAGCCCUAUCUAGGCUGGCAGUUGCAGUCCAAAAUCAUCUGAAGGGUGGCAGGUUGGUGAGGAGGAUUUAAAGCAUUUCUCUCCAGCCAGAAAAAGCUUGCAUCUCUGCGCUAAGACCGUUCCUGCCUCCAGGCUUCAAAUCUAAAAAAAAAAACGCAGAAGAGAAAUGGAAAAGGGAUUGGGUGUCUUUGACGCGCUUCUCUUGUUUGAGCUGUCCCCCCCUGCCCCAUUUUCUCAGACUGAAUCCAGCCAUUUGUGAAGUCUGUUUUGUUUAUUUAGAACAUGUUACCCUGCUGCUCAGCCAGAAAGGCUCCCAGAGUGGCUUAAUGCUUCCCCUAUGCUUAAUGCUUCUCCUGAGGCAGUCGGAAAUCUAGAUUAUCUGUUAGGGCAAAAAAGGACACUGCUCUUCACGCCACCCUCAAGAUACUGCAUGGUUAUAUAUGUUAUUUCAAUUUUUUGAAAGCAAGCUGUAUGCCACCAAGCAUUUGAAGUCUCCAGAGUAAUACCCUGUUAAGUCUUUCUCUGAGAAAGUCUGCUGAUUUCAGUGGUCUUAACAUUUCUUAGUCCAUUGAUUUUAGUGAGUACGUUUUGUGUUAUGACUAACAUUGGAUCUCAACCUGUGGGGCAUAUGGAGUGGGGCUUGUGUGUUUUUCCUGUUGGGAAUCGGUAUAGUUCUAAGGUUACAGCUUUUUAAUUGACUUACUUUAUCUGCCUUGAGGGGCUUUUGCUGAAAAACAGUUUAUAAAUUAAGUACUGUAUGUUAAAAUUUAAAAAUGCCCAAGUUGGGGUUUUGGUCUCAGAUACGACUUGUUAGAAUGACACGUUAGUGUUUCAUUCCCACUUUUCCCCCCCUGUUUCCUUUUAGGUCAUGUUAAGCUGACAGAUUUUGGACUGUGUAAAGAAUCCAUUCAUGAUGGAACUGUCACGCAUACAUUCUGUGGAACAAUAGAAUACAUGUGAGCCCGCAUGAUGAAACAGAAAAGUAUUUCUCUGGUCUGGGGGUAAUGGCUAAAUUUUACCUUUUAAAAACUUAGCUCAAUAUAUGAUGGGCUUUUCUUGGGUGAGGGGCAAGGGGCUAGGCUGUCUAUAGAGCUCAGGACUACUUCCAUAAAUAUUUGAGACACUGUAUGUAGAGAAGUCUCCCUGCCAGCCUGCAGUCCCCUUCAUCCCUGACGAGUGAAUUUUGUUGGUGUGGCUGAUGGGAGCUGGAGUCCAGUAGCAUGCAGAGGGACACAGGUUCCCCACCACAGCCAAAGGGCUUUAUCUAAACCACGUAUAUUUGAAAGGAGCUAGAUUUUAUACAUAACUUUGUAAAUGAAACUAAAACUUUUUUGCCCUUAAAACUCGUUUCUAGCUUAGCCACCUGCAUAUUCUUAAGUUAAUUAAAUUAUGCUGCUUUGGUGGUGUGAUAACUUGCAGCUGAGCUCAGAUCAUUGACAGUUGCUUGUUAGGAAUCAUGAAUUUUGGAAUCUGGAAUCGCUGGGGAUUCAUGUACCAUUGGAAGGUUGUACCAUUGUAAGGCUGAACCAGGUUUAUGAGCAUUACACUCUUCAUGCCCAGUGGAGCAAAAGAUGGCUGAUAAACAUUUUAUGACCCACAGAACAAAGCUCCGCAUAUUUUAGAAACUUCCCUUGAUCUGAUUUUGUGAUAUGAGGUACGUACAUCCCACUAUACUACACAGCCAUGCUGUAACAGCUAUCUUUUAAUUUAUGGGGCACAAAGCAUGUAGCAGCUAUGUGCUGAUCCACGUCAUGAAAUUCAUCCAUCUGCUACAAGCUUACAAUGAUAGGGUGACUCCAAAUCCCUAGAUUCAAGCCAAGUACCUGGUUUUCAUUUCCUUGAAGUCAGUUGCAGGUUAUUUUAGCAACAGGUCAGUUCUAUGUUGUAGGAGAGGCUUGUAGUAAAUGUGGAUCCAUACACAGCAGUGAAAAAGAACUUUCUUGUCUGGUUGCCUGGAGGCUGUUUUUACUCACCACAGGUGAGUGGCUAUUUACAAGCCUUUCUGGAUAGGGUUUGGGGAGGCAGGGGUGUGUAAGAAUUGUACAGCAAUACAACUUAAGCCGUAUAUGGGGCAUCUUUGCAUCUUCAUUCUGUUUCUUUGAGGGCAGGCUAGUGCUAUCUGCCUGUUCAAAACUUUUUUGCUUUGAUUUUUCUUGUCUUUCUAGGGCUCCUGAAAUCUUGAUGCGGAGUGGGCACAACCGUGCUGUGGACUGGUGGAGUUUGGGGGCAUUAAUGUAUGACAUGCUGACUGGAGCAGUAGGUGCACAUUUAUAAACUGCAUGCAUUUUUUUCAUUUCAUAGAGCAGGGUUUUCCAAACCUCUGAGUUCACUAGCCUCUCUUGAUGAGCUUAUAAGCAGCAUUUAUCGAUCACCGUUGCUAAGAAUCAGAAAACGUAAAGAAAGAAGUAAAGCAAAUGAAAACAAUGAUACCAUCUCUAAUGAGAUGGAUGGGCUUUUAAGUGUUCACAGAAUUGUAGAAUUGCCCUCCUUACUGAAUACUUCAGCCCGGUGUGUGUUGUCUGCUCAUCCCAGCCAUUUUAUUAAAUAGCAUAUGUGACGUCAUCACUCCUGGUUCUCCCCUGCCCCAGUUCCCCUUCAUUGGCUGCUUCACCUUGACAUGUAAAUGAUCCACCCAGAGCUACCAUUUAGCCUUGGGUUGCCUAUGUUAAAAACCAAACCCAGUGCUCUUCCCAUUGUUUUUGCAGCCCAGGAAUUGGGACUGGUUUUCUUGCUGUACUUCCAAAGCUUUCUUCAGAAUAGCAUUGUGUGGAAAUAGCUUUAAUUGGGACUGUGUGUUUGCUUUUCAAAAUAAAAAUAUGUUAAAGCAGGAGUAUCUAUUUUUAUAUGAAAUUGCAUAAUUGUGGUGCAUAGUUCCUUAUGGCCUCCUCUCUCUCUUUUCUACCUCCUCUCCUCUGUCUCCCACAUUCCAUAGCCCCCAUUCACUGGGGAGAAUCGAAAGAAAACCAUUGACAAGAUUCUCAAGUGUAAACUCAACUUGCCUCCCUACCUCACGCAAGAAGCCAGAGAUCUGCUUAAAAAGGUGGGGAUCUUAACAGGGAAAUUUGGGGGUUUUAUCUUAAAGCGAGUCACAGACCAGCGCUUCCCCAAUUAAAUGACUUUGGGUUGCGUCCAACUAAAACCUUACUUAAGUAGACCCAUUGCAAUUAAUGGCUCUAAGUUAGUCAUGUACUUGUGAAUACAGAGGGCCUGCCACUUACACGAGGAUUUGGUUCUGAGGGUCUGCGUGCAAAGCCAGGAACCCCUGGAACCACACCCUGCAAGGCAGAGGGCUGCUUACCUGCAUCUGGGAACAUUGCAGGAGGGCCAUGGGCAACCUUCCCAGACCCUGAUAAGCGAAGCACUAAGAAGAAGCACUUUCUUUACUGGCUUCUGGGAUGAUCCCAGAACCCUCACACCUUAUCAGGAAGGAAGGCAUCACCAUACCUGCUGCGCCUCCUUCCCAAAGCUAGUCACCUUGGUUACCUGGCCAUGUGAGGCUUCUGGGACGCUGUCAGAGCCCUCCCACUCCCUCCUCAAAGCCCUGUAAGUGAGGUGCGGGUAAAUAAAUGGAGAGUGGAAAGCAAUGAGUUUCCUUGGCUUUCCGUUUAUCUGCUUAUUUUACUCCCACCCACGUAAGGUUGCAAUCAUGUAAGUAAAGCAAACACAAUUUAUGGUUUUCCUGUAUGACUAACCCUGGAUGCUGCUCGUUGCAUUUAAGUCACAAGUCCUUUAAAAGAAAGGGUAGCUGAAGGAAAUGCUUGCAGUCUAUUUUCUUAGGAAGGAGGUACUUCAGUAAGGAGCUGGAAUGUUGCGGGUGAGUUUGGUCCGUAGAUGAUCCAAUGUUCUGCCUUUGGCAUCUUUAGUUCCAGCAGUCUGCUUCAGUAUGCAACCCAGGCUUUCAGGGUCCCUCACUUUUUCUUAAACAUAUUUCCCCUUUCCUAAGCUGCUAAAGAGAAAUGCUGCCUCACGUCUAGGAGCUGGUCCUGGAGAUGCUGGAGAAGUUCAGGUAAUUUUUGCUUAAUGCUUUUGCUCAACUGAAACACAAGGCUAGACUUUCUCCUGGUUUCUUUCUUUCUUUCUUUCUUUCUUUCUUUCUUUCUUUCUUUUUUGAAGGACAUCUGUGUUGUGAUCUGGAGCAUGUUCCAUAGAGACAGUGUUUGUAUACUAUUUGAAAGAAACGGUGGGCAUCUCUUACUUUUUAAAUUACAAUCCAAAUUGUUUUGAACUGGUUUGCCAUCCUGGCUUCCUUCAAGGAGUUUGGGAAACUAGUGGUUUAGGGCUAUGUGUGAGAGGGGGAGAGGGAGAAAAUGCUGGCUGCCUCUCAGAGCAAUUCUAGGGUCAGUGGGAUGUAUAACAGCUAAAGAGAGCCCUAUUAUUUCAUUACCAGUUGUAAGCACGACUUGAAUCCAAACUGAGGAAAGAAACGAACAUGGCUUUCCUCCUUGCCUGUAUUCAUUCUUAUCACCUUCAGCACACCAGACAAGUUGUCCCCUUUUAGGUUUGUGUAUAGCUUAGGAAGCUUCCACUUUGAGAUCUUUUUCUCUUCCGGGUUGGAUUCUGACUGUUGUCUAAUAAUGGUCCUUAGGCUCAUCCUUUCUUCAGACACAUCAACUGGGAAGAGCUAUUGGCUCGGAAGGUGGAACCCCCAUUUAAACCGUUAUUGGUAUGUAUUGGUAAUGCUUCCUUUGGUGCUGGAUAAUAUUUCACAUAUAAACUUAGUAUUUGCUUUGUGGAUCCCAAAGUGCCCAGGCUUUCCCCCUAAAUAAUUGUUCGGAGGCACACCCCAUUUCUCCUCUAAGUAUUUAUACCUAGCUCUUCAUUGAAUAUUUCAAGAGCAGGGAAUGGUGACAUAAAAAUAAAAUGAAAAAUGCACAGGGGGAAAGUAUAGUAUACAAAAAAUUCAGACUCAGUAGAAACAAGUCUGAAAAGAAAAAAAAAGGGGGGCCAUCACUAAUCAAAGCAAAGGUAAGCUGUAGUGAGCACAACAAUUAUAAUUUCCAUUUAAACCAAAUUCCUGGGUAAAGAAAACAGGACACAUGACAACUGAAACAACCAGAUGGUCUAGCAGCAGUUCCCACUCCAUCUCUCCCCUGGGGCUGCUCACUCCAGGCCUUUGGAGACACUGAAGUAGUGACCCCAAAGGGGUGAAAAGAGUGCUGUCAAUGGACUGCCCCAAAAGGGGUGACCUCUUCAAACAGUGAUUUGUCAUCAGGGAGUUUUCCUGCAGUUUCUUUUAUCUGCCAUUCUGACGAUUUCAGUCAUCUGCUAUUAAAGGAGUUUUGCUUGAUAAUCUGUUGACCUUCAUCCAUAUAUAUAUAUUUUGCAAAGCAAUCCGAAGAGGAUGUGAGCCAGUUUGAUGCAAAAUUUACCCGUCAGACUCCUGUCGACAGCCCCGACGACUCGACUCUCAGUGAAAGUGCCAACCAGGUCUUUGUGGUAAGUAGGAGUGGGGCUAAGUACUGGAUUGUUGAAAACCAGCAGAAUCCUGGUCUUCAGGCUGCAGGGAAUGUCAGAAGGCCUGUUGAGGGUGCAGACAUUCUGGAAGAUGCUCUCUGCCACUGCCAGGCCUCCUUUCUGAAGCUUGGGCACGCUCUGCAUCUCCCAUGACUACUUAGUAGGCUCAGUUUCCCAAUAUCCAUUGCUUCUUGUUCCUUAUUCUGGUCUGCAGCUGGUUUUAUGUAGUGGCAUAGGCCAGGGAUAAGGAGCCUGUGGAUGGUGUUGGACUCCUUCCAUCAUUCUUGACCAUUGGCCAUGUUGGCUGCAGGAGCUGAUGGGAGUUGAAAUUAAUACAGGGAUUUGGGCAACAGCUGUCUGAGAGCUUCUGAAAGUACACAUAGGCACAAUGGAGCAAAUUCAGAGUUUAUAGCCAGGGCUGCUGCAAUAAACAGCUGUGCAAGCCUUUGGGAGGCAGAGACAUGAGAGAGCAUCAGAGGAGGGAGGGAGGGAAGGAAAGAGGGACAGAGACCAGUGUUGCCCAUGGCACCCCUGAGCAUCCUUCAAGGCACCUCUGGGGGCCAUGGCACACUGGUUGAAAACUGCUCUGACCAAAGGCAGUUUUGAUGUUCAUGCAUGUUCCUGUUAACAACCCACAUAUUGGCUCUAUCUAGAUGGCUAGGUCCUGCCAACCUAGCAGUUCAAAAGCACGUCAAAGUGCAAGUAGACAAAUAGGUACCGCUCUAGCGGGAAGGUAAACGGCGUUUCCGUGCACUGCUCUGGUUCGCCAGAAGUGGCUUAGUCAUGCUGGCCACAUGACCCGGAAGCUGUACGCCGGCUCCCUCGGCCAAUAAAGCGAGAUGAGCGUCGCAACCCCAGAGUCGGCCACGACUGGACCUAAUGGUCAGGGGUCAAUUUACCUUUACCUUUAGAUGGCUAGGAUUUUUUGUGGGGGGGGGUACUGGUUCUUUCACGUUCUGCUCCUGUCAUAACACAGAACAUUCAUUCAAAUUCUUUGGGGGGGGGUGUACUUGGCAACAAUUAUUUCCCACCAUCUAGGGUUUCACAUACGUGGCUCCAUCUGUACUUGAAAGUGUGAAGGAGAAGUUUUCCUUUGAACCAAAAAUCCGAUCACCUCGCAGAUUCAUUGGCAGCCCACGGACACCAGUCAGGUAUUUCUCUUUCCCUUCCCCCACCCCUAGUUUUGGUGAGUAGCAGCAAGAGGGUCAUUGAGGUGUUGAGGGUCUGGGCCUUUCCAGGGUGGUGAGAGAGAAUAUAAAUGGUUAAUUUUACCAUUUAUAGUGCUCUGUCUCACUAGGGAAGGGGCAUAGCUCAGUGGUAGAGCUUUUGUUUUGCAUGCAGAAGGUCAAGAAUUCAGUUUUCGAUGCCUCCAUGUAAGGGUGGGAAAGGUUCCCUGCCUGGAACCCAGGAGAGCUGCUGCCAAACAGCUAAAAUGGUGCCCUCUAGAUGUUGUGGACUGCAUUUCUCUCUGAGAUUUGGCUGUGCGGCUCAUGGCUCUCUUCUGCCGCCACUGUCGGAGGCCUCUGAAUGCCCGUUGCUGAGAAUAGCAAGUGUGGUGGGUGCUGUUGCAUUCUGGUUCUCGCUGGCUUCCUAGGGGCACCUAGCUCUGAGAACAGGAUGCUUUCUUGGCCUUUGUCCUGACCCAGCAGGGUUCUCGCAUGAUCUGAAAGGCACAAGGCUCGGAAAUCCCUUGAAGUUUCCUGGAUGUUGCUGUGGAGUUCCAAAGUCAGAAACAGUAGCCCAAUUAAACCUGUUGAAUCAGGUGCUUCUGCUAGGUGUAGUGCAAGAGCUAGCAUGUUUCUGUGUGUUUUUUCUGCAAAACUUCUUUCAACCAACGUUUCUUCUCUCUCUUUAAAGCCCUAUCAAGUUCUCUCCUGGGGACUACUGGGGGCGAGGUACUUCCUCUGGCGUGGGAAACGCUCAGGCGCCCGUGGAGUACCCAAUGCAGACGGGUGGGAUAGAGCAAAUGGACGUGUCGGUCUGUGGGGAGGCCUCAGCUCCACUCCCUAUCCGACAGCCAAACACCGGGCCCUACAAGAAACAAGCCUUCCCUAUGAUCUCCAAGCGGCCAGAGCACUUGCGCAUGAAUCUAUGAUGAAAUCAGCAGCAAUCAUUUCCAAAAACUUGCUUCUGGGUAGCAGCAACCGAACGCGAAGGAUGAACCUCCUGCUCCUCCUCCUCUGAGGGGCGUCCGCUCUCAUCACGCUGUAAACGAGGGCUCCUGCGGCUUCUUUCUCAGCGACAGUAUCAAAGUCGGCCAUCGCACGGAAUGAACUGGGAAAGAAGAGGGCAAAAAAACCCGUGGAUCCUUCUCUCCUCCUCCUCCUCCUCGCCCCCUUUUGCCUCUCCUCCGAAUCAAUGGUGCAUUAAGAGAGGACUUGAGCAAAAUAGUAUUGUGUGACUCUUAAAGCACAGCCGUGCAGCGUGUCCUGUGGGCACGUGCCAUUCUUUCAGCUCUCUUAUCAAGGAUUUUUCAGGUCGAUAGCUUCAGGCCGGACAGUAUUGAGGGUGGGGUGUGGCUUCUGCGCCAUACAGUCUGAAGGGUUAGCCUGGGUCACUGAGCCAAACGUGUGCAGAGUGUCACCUCUCGGGCUUGACCUCCCUCCCCGCCCCCACGGAUUUGUUCGCCUGUAGGCGUAUUUCAGGUGGCUUCCUGCGGUUGUGUGAAAUUGGGGAUCCGAAGCAAACUCCAACCCUUGGUCGUUCCAUCUGCAAAAAAACAAACUUUUUUUUAAAAGUAUAAAUAUAUAUAUAUAUAUUUUUCAAAUAGAGUCCCUCCCCCACUUUUUUGCCCAAGAUGGUUCAUUAUGGAAAGUAUCCCGGACUUUGAAUUAUAUGCAGAAUUAUUGGUUAGAUGGAGCUGAAGUCGGAGGGGGAAGAAGGCUUAAGAAUUUGUUUGCUCUCCUAGUGAAAUAAUGGAACUGGUUUGGGGUUUUUUUUAUAUAAAAAAGAUGAAAUUGAAAUCACUGUUGUUAUUGGAAUGGGGUGGGUGAGAGAGUUCACCCUGCCUUGUCUUAUUUAAAAUGCCUCUUUCUACAGGAUCAGAUCAGGUGUCGCCCCCCCCCCCCGCGUAAAACCCUAGCGGGCAUGGAAGGCCCUCCAACUCAGCCCCUCCGUUUGCAUUGGGUUGUCUCCAGUGCUAAGCCUACCCUAGAGUAGCUUCAUUGACAUUAAAGGGCGUGACAGACUUGGGUCUCUUCGUUUCAGUGGUUCUGCUCUUAACUGAAUUUAGUUUGGUACAACCCAUACAGCUCCAAGCAAGUGUGGAGGGGGGGGGUCUCUCCCUGCCAGUACAGAGAGCUCCACACAUCCAUCAAAGUUGUCACCUACCCACCCCCUUCUUUGCCGUGGGUUUAUAGUACUGUCCUCCAUCAUUCUAAGCAGGAACCUGCUGGCUAAAGUUUCACCUCUAUAAUUUGUUUUAAGAGAUACCAGGAAUAUGUUAAGAUCGUUUAAGCCAUCAAAAAAAGAGAGAAAAGUAAAGGAUGUUAGAAAGGAAUACAACCACAGUAUCUUUUUAUUUUUUUUUUAUUUUUUUACAAUUUACAUUUAUGCUGGUCUUGCAGCUUAAGUGGUAAUGCUUUGGAGAGAUGGUUUUCUGCCAUCUUUGCUCCAUUUCUAUUAUGAAUUACAAAAAAAACCCUUGUUUUUUUUCCUUUGUGCUGAGGCGAUCUAUCUACUGAUUGUAUUGAAGAAAACCACACACAGACACAAAGCAAAACACAACAAGUAUUAUUAAGAUGGCCUUCAACGAAUGUCUUCCAGAGAACUUUUGCAACUUAAUUUUAGGAAACGUUCAAAAGGUUUACUAUUUAUGUUUUCUGCAAUUGUUGUUGAAAAAAUAAAAUCUGUACAAAAGUGACUUUACAGGUACAAAGAAUUAAAUAAAGGUAUCUUCACCUUAACUUAAUACUUCCUGCCUUAAAUAAAACAUUUCCAUGUACGUAGCUGGCGAAAGGGGGUGAAUAAUGGUCUGCAGAGCUUUACGCUAGUGUAGAGAGUGGGUGGGUAUGCGUGAGUAGGUGUGUGUGGAUCUUUGUGUAAUGGUGCGGUUUCUAACUCUUUCUGUGCAAAUUCUGCCAUUGUAGGAAAUAGAUCUCUCUUUUUUGCUUUAUUUUGAUUCUUCUCUUGAGCCAUAGGAUCCAAGCCAUAACUCUUCCAAAAAAGAAAAAUAACUGAAUCCGGUCAGAGGAUCCACCUUUUGCAGUACAGUAUAGCAUGGAGCGAAACAAUGGCUGCUCCUAAGCCCUAGUGGAUUAGAUCCUCCUUUGGAUCUCCACCAUCUGUGGAUUCCACACACCCUGCCAGCUUACAGCCCCUGCUCUCUCUCUCCGGUGCUAUUCCAGAGGGUCCUCCGAUGGUUUCACAGGGUGCAGGCUACAUGUGGCUGCAAUGGGAACAGCGGGGGAAGUCUGUGUGUGGGUGCUGCCUGCAGUUGUCUGGCUUCAAGCCGUCACCAGUGGUGGGGCAUUGGUGGCCCUCUGGACAUUGCUCCCAUGAGCCCCUACAGCCAACAUGGCAGUGGUCAGGAAUGUUGGGGGCUGUAGUCCCCGUUCUUUGGAGCAGCAAAAUUCAAGUAGUAGAGUAGCAUUGAACAGUGGUUUAAAAACCCCUACUAAUUUCAGUGGGACUUUGGGGGGGGGGGGAGAGAUGGACAGAUGAAGUCUUGAGGGGCGUAGCAUCCUCCCAGGGCCCAGAGUCACUCCAUUCCACUAAAUGUUCACAUCUCUGAAGCAUGGAGGUGGGGAGAUGGAAUUGCUUUGGGUUGAGCCCACUGCCUUUCCACUCCUGGACACACUUUUAACUCCAUGUCUUGCGGAAGUACAGGUAUUAACUUCAAAGCAGAGUUGAGCCCGGCUUAAGGUUAGACGACAUUUUUCUGUGGUGGAUGCAGGUUGCCCAGGAAACACAUGAUUCUAGCAACGCCAUGCUGCCAGAAGUGCGAGCGCUUCGGUUAUGUAAUCUUCGUAUCGGGGAAACUAAUUGCACGUUUGAGAGCGGCAGCGGGGAGGGUCCUAUGUGGUGCCUGCGUCACAGGUAACUGGUGGAAGGUGGGAAGUGCUUGGCUUUUUGUCAAGACGUUCUCUACCUGCAUAAACGUCUCAACCAGGCCUUGGGCACGACUUGGCAGUUCCUGGGUGCUUUUGCUGGCUUUGAAGAGCUAUUCGGGCUGACCUGUUUUUCCACAUUUUGGUUUUACAAGGGAAAUCCGGCUAAGGCAGGGGGUGGUGGCCCUCCAGUUGUUUUUGGAUUCCCAACUUCCAUCAGCCAAAGCCAGCGUGGCCAGUCAGGGAUGAUGGGAGUUGGAGUGUAGACUCUGAAGGGCCAAAGUUGCCCCACUUCUGCGUCAAGGCAACUUCCGUGACUCUAUAGCCAACCAAAUGUUUAUCGCUUCUCUAGUAUGCAGUGAAGCUGACUUUGCCGUUCACUCACGUUUUAUGUAUUGGAGGCAGUAUAGUUGUGGAUGAUGGCUUGUGCUUUGUGAAAGCCAGAAAUCAGUUGUGCUAGAAUCCCGUGUGCCAUUGCCUCAGGGUAUGUCCUGUUAACUCAUUGGACUUACUUCUGAGUAGUAGGAGUGUUCUGUUAGGCACAAUUCCAUGGGGUGUGACAGAUUAUGUUGAGUAGCCAAACAUGGUUCCACCCAGAUGUUGUGUACCAUAGCUUUCAUUGCCCUUUGGCCAUUCUGGCUUAAGGCUGAUGGAAAUUUAGCCCCACAACAUCUGGAAACCAUGACGUUGGCAGGCCCCACGGAAAUGGCCAGGAGUCAUACGAGAGCCGAAUUUAGAAUGAGCCCCAUUUGGUAGUGGGUUAGCCCUACCUCUUCUCUAAAAUGAGAGAUCUCUGGUGAUCUUGUGUGUGGUCCUGCUCUGGGUAAAUAUAACCAUCGGGUUGGCUAAUAGGGUCAGCAGAAGGUGGCAAAAGUGUUUUGAAUCUGUUUUCCAGUUUAAUCAUUUCACUUCCUAAACUGUGUUCAUCAUCUUUGAACUGUGAAACUCUUGAAUCUUGACUUGGGACAGCAAGCACACACUAUGCAAUAUGGGGUUAUCCUGUAUUUAUUUGUAUAAAUAGAUAUCCAAACCUUGAUUUCUCUCUCUGUCUCUCUCUUUGUAUAUAGCUGUUAUAGUAUCAAUAUUAUAUUAGUCACAAGACUUUGAAAAGGAGUGGGAUUCUUACUCCUGUAUGACUUCAGAAAGAAUGCUAGUGUGUGAAAUGCCGUGACUGUCAGAGAACUUAAGUGCUUUCUUUUUUAAAAAAAAGUCUUAAAAGUUUUCAUUGAGGUAUAGGAAUUAAGAUUUAUUUUGUACAAGAUGUGCUUUUUUAAUUAUAAUCUUGGGAUUUUGCUAUAAUUUGAUUUUUAUAGAUUUUUGUACCAUUAUAUUAUUAAAAAAAAUGGGAUUAAUACCUGCUGAGGCUAACCACAUAUUUAAGCAUUAAACUUGAACCAUGUAUUAUUUCCACUAGAGAUCCAUGAUAGUGAAAUGUAAGCAGUGCUCGUUGUAUUCCACUGUUCACUUUGAGGAACAGAGAAGUGAAUAGGUCAGCUGGCCUGAGAGCCCUCCCAUCCCAAGAGAUCUAUGGGUGGGUGUGUUAAAAUCUCAACUAUUGCCAUUCCCUGUUGAAUACGUGGUGCAUUUGAAUUUUUGCAACCCAUGGGAAUUUGGGGUGAGAUUAGACAGCAUUCGAGUGUUUGACUCUCAUUACAACCCCUGUGCUCUAACCUACUUGAUGGAAGGACAUCUUUUCUAGAGCCUGUGUGGGUAACCUUUAGCUCUCCAGGUGUUGCUGGACUACAACUCCCAUCAGCCUUAGCAAACACAGCCAAAGGCCAAGCAUGAUGCAACUUGUGGCGCAGCAACAUCUGGAGGGCCAACAGUUGCCCACACCGGAUCUACAGUGUUGCUGUGUCUGGUGGAGCCACCCCUUCCCAUUUACUGCUCUUGUUCUUGUUUAUGAAAGUGAAGGUUCCCAGAAUUGCCAAGAAAUAGUAGCUAGUUGGGAUCUGUAUACCGUUUAAUGGGCAACAGGGUUUGCAUUCUCCUAAUUGAUAACACUCAGCCGGCCAAAGUGGGCUUGUGUGGCUUAUCACCUCCCCCCCCCCCCAAUCACGUAGAUGGUCUGGGUGCUAUGCACCGUCAGCCCAAUUUUAUGUGUAGCUCCUAUUAUCACGGAAGGGAAGUGUGUUAAGAAUCCUUGCCCAGGUUUAUGCAUGAACUGGUUCCUCUUUUCUUCCUGUUUUGGGAGUCUUAAGACAGGGUUGGCGACACUUGUGGCUCUCCACAUGCUGGCUGAGAUUGCUGGGAGACCAGCAGCCUUUGGAGUGCCACUGCUUCCCCACUCUUGGGUAUGUAUAUCGGAAGAGGAAAGGUGGUCUGAACCUGGAAGGGAAAAAGAGAACCCCAGCUGCCAUAUUAUUACCUUGUCCUCUCUGGCAAGAGGAUGCUAAUCAACCCACCAAACAUUGCUGAGCCACACACAUCUGCUCAGCAAACCCUUCUGAGCCCUACUGAUAUGAAUCAAAUCUGGGCAGCAGCAGUGCUAGAGUGAUCCCUGGUCUCUUCUCAAAGACAGCUUAGUAUAUUUGAGGGUGUGAGCAGCUGUCCCUAAGCUCUUGGAAGAGGAGCAAAUGGGGAUCUAGGUUUCAUCACCUCUGGUGUCUUGAACUGUGCAGGCAUCUUCAGAAAUUAACAUGUUUACAUCAUGGUGUCUGUGAGCCUUUGGGGAAGGAAAGGAAGCGGGAGAAAGCUGCAUAAGGGCUUCAAGGUUUGGUGGUUUUGAAUUUUCAUCUGUAUGCUUUAAGGAAGUGUUCAUUCUGCUAGACGUUAGCUGGCUUUGUAAACCAUCUGUUAAGAAUCAGAUUCUACAGCUGCCUUACUAAGAAUGGUAUGAGGGGUCGAAACUCCCUCCCUGCAUUUCAUUCUGUAUUAUUUACUGUAAUAAUAUAUACUUUAUUUCAAAACAAAUGGAUGUAAAUAGCAAUUAAAUGCAACUUUGAAUGAAUGUA